UUUGAAAGUCACUCUCUCCCCGGUAUCUCACCGCUGCAUCAGUGUAGGUAGGGGACUGAUUCGAGCUAGCUCGAAUAAAGGCUCUUUUGCUUUUACAUUGGACUUGGCUCCCUGGUGGUCUUUGGAAAUCACGAAUUCUGGGCACAACAUUUGGGGGCUCAGCCCGGGAUCCCCAAGACCCCCAAGGGACCCCCGACCUGGAGAGCCUGACUGGCCAUGGUUAGUGUCUGUUUGUUCCAUCUUUUCUGUGUGAGCUCAUUUCUGAAAUUCUGGUAGUGCCCAUCGCAGUCUAAGUGGAUGCACUGGAGGACCACGGGCCGUGAGUUUCAGAAAAUGUUCCGAUCCUCCCUUUUAGAGGGAUGUGGAAUUGCCUCAUCGGUUUUGGAGGGACAUGGAAUCCCCUCAAAGGUCUAAGCUAGCUUUCAGUUUUGCUUCCAUGGAGUUGUAAAACUUUCUUGGGGCCCUCUGUUUGUCUGUUUUUGUGUUUCUCUGUUUUGUUCUGUGGACUUACUGGACUUACUGGACGGAUGUUAUGGGACAGACUCAGACUACUCCUCUAAGUAUUAUGAUUGAUCACUUUAAGGAUGUGAGGGGAAGAGCUAACAACCUCAGUGUGGAAGUCCAAAAGGGUCGGUAGCAGUUUUUUUGUUCUAGCGAGUGGCCAACUUUCAAUGUUGGAUGGCCACCAGAGGGGACCUUCGACCUCCCUACCAUCCACCGAGUCAGGAGUAUCAUCUCUUGGCCUAAGAUGGGCCAUCUUGAUCAGCUCCCUUACAGUAUCACUUGGCAGGACCUUGUAGAAGACCCACCCUCUUGGCUUAAGCCCUUCCUAGCCCUGCUUCCUCCGGAGCCAAAACCCAUUCUUGCUUUGCAGGGGACAAAGAAGAAGAAAAGUCUUACCUAGCCUUCAGCACCCCUCUACCCUGUCCUACAAGGGGGUACUGAAGAAGAAUUAAUUUUUCCUCCCCCAUAUAACCCCUCUAGGAUGCCGGAAGAACACCAUCCUCCCCCUCCGGGGAGGCAGACGCUGUUCCGAGAUCGAGAGGUGGAAACGCUCCAUUGGGAAGCGCACCUUUUACCAGACAAAGGGCUCAAAGGGAGCAAUCCACCUCUGCCACCAACUCCACUAUUCUGCCCCUGCGAGCCACUGGACCCCCAGACGCGGAGGGGAAUCAGCCCCAUCACUAUUGGCCUUUCGCCACUAGUGACCUCUACAAUUGGAAAGCUCGGAAUCCUGUUUUCUGAGAAACCGGCAGGGAUUAUUGAUUUAUUAGACUCUGUUCUUUUUACCCAUCAGCCCACGUGGGGCAAUUGCCAGCAGCUUUUGCAAGUCCUGUUCAUGACUGAAGAAAGAGAAAGAAUCCUCAAUGGGGUGCGAAAACUAGUUCUGGGCACAGACAGGAAUCCCACCACCAACCAGGCUCAGAUAGAUGCCUCCUUCCCCUUAACUCGGUCCCAGUGGGAUUUCAACACAGCAGAAGGUAAGGAGAGGCUCCAGGUCUACAGCCAGACUCUAAUGGGGGGCUCUCCGAGUGGCUGCUAGAAAGCCAACCAAUUUGGCCAAGGUAGGAAAUGUACAACAGGGAAAAGAUGAAUCUCUGGCUGCCUUUUUAGAAUGGAUCAUGGAGGCAUUCCGUACCUAUACCCCCAUGGAUCCAGAGGCUCCAGAAAGCAAGGCAGCUGUCAUCAUGGCCUUUGUAAACCAAUCGGCCAUAGACAUUAGGAGAAAAUUACAGAAAAUAGAUAGACUAGGAGAAAAAAGUCUGCAGGAGUUACUGGUGGUAGCCGAAAAGGUAUAUAAUAACCGGGAGCCUCCUGAGGACAAGCAGGCUCGCGCCAUGGUGGCUGCCAGCAGUAAGCAGACUCGAGACCUGGCCGGAAUACUACUAGCUACCACUGCUGACUUCCCCGAGGAACGAGACCGCCAUCUCCGGCAGCUGGCAGAUGAUGCAAGAAAAGGUAAAGGAACCACCAAGGUUGGGGGGGGAGGAGAGGCUGCAGAAAGAUCAGUGCACAUACUGCAAGGAGAUAGGGCAUUGGGCCCGAGAUUGUCCGAAAAGGGCCAGCGCGAAGGGAAGCAAGACUGAUCGAGUAAAAGUCCUAGAGCUAGAUGAACUAAGUGAUUAGGGGAGUCGGGGUUUGGAUCCUCUCCCCGAACACAGGGUAACUCUUAAAGUGGACGGGAUCCCUGUUGACUUCCUCGUCGACACCGGAGCACAACAUUUGGUCCUCCACACCCCACAAGGAAAACUAGCCAGCAAGAAGUCCUGGGUACAAGGGGCAACUGGUAUGAGCCAGUAUUCAUGGACUACCUGAAGAACGGUAGAUUUGGGGCCAGGCCAGGUAUCCGACUCCUUUAUGGUAAUACCAGAAUGCCCCUACCCACUGUUAGGACAGGACUUACUGACCAAGAUUAGAGCUCAGAUAACUUGCAGACAAGGGGGGCCUCAGGUCACUGAUGGCAAGGGCCACCCCAUCCAGGUCCUGACCAUGAAACUGGAGGAUGAAUACCUCCUCCACCAGGAGGCACUCCCGAGAGAGGAUAAUAUAGACAGAUGCCUACAAGAAUUCCCCUCGGUUUGGGCAGAGAUGGGGGGGAUAGGAGUAGCCGCUCACAGGACCCCGGUCCUGGUAGAACUCAAGCCAGGAGAGAGUCCGAUAAGGAUCAAACAAUACCCCAUGUCUCAGGAGGCCUGGAAGGGGAUCCAGCCACACAUCCAGAGACUACGAAGCCUAGGGGUACUAGCUCUUUGCCAGUCUUCUUGGAACACCCCCCUACUGCCAGUCAAAAAGCCUCACACAAAUGACUACCGACCAGUACAAGACCUCUGGGAAGUAAAUAAGAGGGUCCCGGACAUACAUCCAACUGUUCCCAACCCAUAUACUCUCUUGAGCUCCUUGGCGCCCUCCAGGGUCUGGUAUACUGUACUACAUUUAAAGGAUGCCUUCUUCAGUCUGCCGCUGGCACCCCAGAGCCAACCCUUGUUCGCCUUUGAGUGGCAUGAUCCGGAGGAGGGCUAUAGUGGGCAACUCACCAGGACACGGCUACCUCAGGGAUUCAAAAAUUCACCCACCAUCUUCGACGAGGCACUACACGAGGACCUGGGUGAGUACAGAAGGGAGCACCCUGGCCUCACCCUCCUACAGUACAUUGAUGACAUCCUGAUUGCUGCCGACAUGGCCAAAGAAUGUGAGCGAGGGACCCAGGACCUGCUGGCUACCCUGGGGGCCUUAGGGUACCGGGCAUCCGCGAAGAAGGCUCAGAUAUGCAGGGAGAGGGUUUUGCUGAGAUCGCCAGGCCCCUAUAUGAAGCUACCAAAGAGGGGAAAACAUUUAAAUGGGCUGAAAAAGAAGAAACUGCCUUUAAUCAGUUAAAAAAGGCCCUCCUAAGUGCCCCAGCCCUGGGCCUGCCAGACAUUAUGAAGCCCUUCCACCUUUUUGUAGACGAACAUAAGGGAAUAGCAAAAGGGGUUCUGACUCAAGCCUUAGGCCCCUGGAACCGCCCGGUGGCUUACCUGUCCAAGAAACUAGACCCAGUGGCUGCCGGCUGGCCGCCAUGCCUAAGAAUUAUUGCGGCAACAGCACUCCUAGUCAAGGACGCAGACAAACUGACCCUAGGACAGGAGAUCUGGAUCACGACCCCACAAGCCAUUGAAGGGGUCCUGAAACAGCCUCCUGAUAGAUGGAUGAGCAACACACGUAUGACUCAUUACCAGAGCCUCCUACUCAACCCUCCACGGGUGCGGUUCUACCCCAGUGCAGCCCUCAAUCCUGCAACCCUGCUGCCCGACCCUGACCUAGGUGCUCCACUACUUGACUGUGUGGGAAUCCUGGAACAAGUACAUGGAUUCCAGACAGACCUGACCAACCGGCCCCUCCCCGAUGCCAAGGCUACUUGGUUCACUGAUGGCAGCAGUUUUGUGCGAGACGGACACAGGUAUGUGGGUGCAGCGGUGGUCACCGAAAUGAAAACCAUAUGGGCAGAGGCUCUACCCUCCAGAACGUCAGCCCAGCGAGCAGAGCUCAUAGCCCUCACCAAGGCACUGAUGCUGGGAGCUGGAAAAUGGCUUAACAUCUACACAGACAGCUGUUAUGCGUUUGCCACAGCUCAUAUUCAUGGGCAAUUUAUCAGCAGAGGGGGUUGCUGA